AUGGGUUUCUCUAACAUCCUCCAAGACGCGGUCUCCCAGGCCGUCAGCCACGCCACAAACAACAAUAACAAAAACUCCUCCAACUCGGGAGAGAACUACGGGGGCAACAACAACGACAGCAGCUACAACCAAGGGCCCCCAUCCUACGGCGGUUCCAACCAAGGCUAUGGAGGAGACUCCUACGGCGGCUCUCACCAUUCGAACCAAGGCUCCUACGGCGGCGACUCCUACGGCGGUCGUCCCUCAAACCAGGGCCAGGGCUACGGCGGAGACUCCUACGGUGACCGCCCCUCCCACGGCAGCUCUCACCACUCUCAGGGCUCCUACGGCGGAAACUCAUACGGCGACCGUCCCCCCUCCUACAACGACACCUCCUACAACGCCCCUCCCCCCUCCCACGGCGGCUACAAUAACAACCACGGCUCCUACGGCAUCUCCGACUCAGACAUCAACCCCGCCCUCUCCCACGCCCAAGCCCACCACUCCGACUCCAACGACUCCUCCCUCUUCAGCUCCGCCCUCAACUUCCUGAAAGAGAAGCAGGGCCGCUCUUCCUCCCCCGACAUCGAUGAGAGCCAGAUGAUCCAGUCCCACCAGCAGCUCUACAAUAACAAUGAUAAUAGCAAGGCGCAUGAUGCCAACUCGCUUGGUGCGGGGGCCGCCAUGCAGGCACUGAAGAUGUUCACGUCCGGCCAGAGUGGGAGCUCUGGGGGUGACAAGAAUGCUUUUAUUGGGGUUGCAAUGAGCCAGGCAGCUAAGCUUUGGGAUCAGAAGAAUUCGAGUGGGAAUGUUUCCGAUGAUAAGCAGACAGCUGUUAAUAAGGCUGCUGAGAUGGCGUUGAAGAUGUAUAUGAAGAAUCAGGGUAGUGGGUCGUCUGGCUCGGGGGGUCCGGCGUUGAUGAACUUGGCUAGCAAGUUCUUUAGCAAGUAG